AGUUAAAUUAACCGUAGUUGAGUCAAGUUAACAAGCGUAGGAGCAUGUGUCAACUCUCAGAAUGUCUUUUUCUCAUUUUAUUCUCUCUUUCUUUCUCACCACCACCACCUAUAUUAAUCAUUCUUUCCUCCCACUUUCUCCGAUCAUUCCUCGCCGGACACCACUUUCCGGCCACCGCAUCUCGCCGGAGCAAUUCCAAUUUUCCCUCACCUUAAUUAGUUAACUCCAAUUUCAAAACCAGUGCAGUUAUUUUCUUACGGUUUCACUUCCGUCCGAUUCAGAAAAUAUAGUUUCAUUACAUUGAUGCUUUUUGAACUCAAUUUCAUAUUGUAAUUUGUGUCUGCAUUGGUGAAUAAUAGUUUGUUAACUUCGGAUCUUGAAGAUUUCCGUUGGAGAAAUAGAAAUAGGGUUUGUUAUUUGUUAAUAAUUUCUUUAAUUGAAUCUGCAUUUAGGGUUUAUGAUUUUGUUUGGUAUGAAAAAAUUGGGGUAAAGAUGUGUAAGCCAGAGAGUAACAAUAACAGGUGGCAAGAUUUGGGUUGGAUGGGUUUGAAGGUACAAAAAGAGAAACUUGGUUCGGGUUCAGGUUCAGGUAAGGGUAGAAUGAAACUAUGGAUGAUUCGUGCUACUACAUCGGUUAUAUUGUGGACUUGUAUUGUUCAAUUAACAGCUAUAAGUGAUUUAUGGGGUCCUAGAGUUCUUAAGGGUUGGCCUUCAUGUUUCACUCAUGAUUCUGUUUCUAAUUCUAGAGCUAUGGAUGUUCAGCUUCAAUCUUUGCGUCCACCACUUCUUCCUCCUAAGAGAGUUUAUAAAAACAAUGGAUACUUGAUGGUUUCGUGCAAUGGAGGAUUGAAUCAAAUGAGAGCAGCGAUAUGUGACAUGGUUGCCAUUGCUAGAUAUUUAAAUGUCACACUUAUAGUCCCUGAACUUGAUAAAGCAUCCUUUUGGGCUGAUCCCAGCGAAUUCCAAGACAUUUUUGAUGUGGAUCAUUUUAUAACAUCAUUGAGAGAUGAGGUGCGCAUAUUGAAAGAGUUGCCUCCUAGACUCAAGCUGAAAGUGGAACGUGGUUUCCUUUACAGUAUGCCACCCAUUAGUUGGUCCGACAUAUCUUACUAUAAGAACCAGAUUUUACCCUUGAUACAAAAGUACAAAGUUGUCCAUUUAAAUAGAACGGAUGCUCGGCUGGCCAAUAAUGGUCUACCUCUUGAGAUUCAGAAGCUGCGUUGCAGAGUUAAUUUUAGUGCUCUGAGAUUUACUUCUCAAAUAGAGGAGUUGGGCAGAAAGGUGAUCAGCCUUCUAAGGAAAAAUGGUCCGUUUCUGGUCCUUCAUCUGAGGUAUGAGAUGGACAUGUUAGCAUUUUCUGGCUGCAAUCAAGGUUGUAACAGUGAUGAGGUGGAAGAGUUGACAAGAAUGAGAUAUGCAUAUCCUUGGUGGAAAGAGAAAAUAAUUAAUUCUGACUUGAAAAGAAGAGAUGGUUUAUGUCCUUUAACACCUGAGGAGACUGCCCUCACACUAAGGGCUCUUGACAUUGAUCAGAACAUUCAAAUCUACAUUGCAGCUGGGGAAAUAUAUGGUGGAGAAAGGAGAACGUCAAGUCUUUCAAAGGAGUACCCAAAAUUGGUAAGGAAAGAAACACUGUUGGAGCCAUCCGACCUCCGUUUCUUCCAAAAUCAUUCAUCUCAAAUGGCAGCAUUGGAUUAUCUUGUCUCAUUAGAGAGUGAUAUUUUUGUUCCCACAUAUGAUGGAAAUAUGGCCAAAGUUGUUGCGGGCCAUCGCAGAUAUCUUGGGUUCAAGAAGACAAUUUUAUUGAACCGAAAGCUCUUGGUUGAUUUAAUAGAUCAAUACAAUAAUGGAGUACUGAACUGGGACCAAUUUUCUUCAGCCGUGAAGAAAUCACACGCUCAACGCAUGGGUAACCCUAGUAAAAGGUUGGUAAUCCUUGACAAGCCCAAAGAAGAGGAUUAUUUCUAUUCCAACCCAGAGGAAUGUUUAGAACCAUCAAAUGAUCUGUUGAGUAGUAUGUGACAAAUGUGUUCGGAAAAUAAUUGAAUUUUACACGUGCCAUCUCCUGGUACACUUGGAUUUCUACCACAGAUAUAUUGAGAUAGUUCUCUAUCCAGUUUUAGCAAACACGGCAGCUUUUUUGUAUCAAAAAAAGAGGCAGACAGACAUAAAGAAAAGAAGAAGGUGGGGUGGGAUACCCUUCACAAAAGUUCUAAUCAACCAAAGCAGCCAGCCAGGGGAUACUUUAUAUUUUAUAUAUAAUAAAUAAUAAAUAUAAUUGCAAUAAUAUUCCAUUACAUUCAUGUAUAGUAGCCACCCUGACAUUGCAGGGUGAGUGCAGUUUAAACAGCAUUGUACACGGAGGAAUUCUUAUUCAUAUACAAAUUUGGAUUACUGGA